CACAAGGCCUAAAAAAUGGAAGCUAACAAGAAACAAGGAAAACAUUUUGUUUUAGUACAUGGAGCAUGCCAUGGAGGUUGGUGUUGGUACAAACUAAAGCCCCUGCUAGAGGCUGCAGGCCAUAAGGUCACAACCUUUGACUUGGCAGCCUCUGGCAUUGAUUUGAGAAAAAUAGAGCAACUUCACACACUUCAUGAUUACACUUUGCCAUUGAUGGAAUUGAUGGAAUCUCUUCCACAAGAGGAGAAAGUCAUACUAGUAGGACAUAGUCUUGGUGGUAUGAAUUUAGGACUUGCUAUGGAAAAAUACCCACAAAAGAUCUAUGUUGCUGUUUUCUUAGCUGCCUUCAUGCCUGAUUCUGUUCAUAUCUCCUCCUAUGUUUUGGAUCAGUACUAUGAACAAACUCCAGAGGAAAAUUGGUUAGAUACCCAAUUUUUACCAUAUGGUUCCCCUGAAGAGCAACUUACAUCCAUGACUUUUGGCCCCAAAUAUUUGGCUAACAAGCUCUACCAGUUAUCCUCUCCUGAGGAUCUUGCACUAGCAUUAUCAUUGGUGAGACCAAGCUCUCUGUUUCGAGAAGAUUUGUCGAAGGCGAAGUAUUUUACAGAUGAAGGGUAUGGAUCAGUGAAGAGAGUUUAUAUAAUGUGUACAGAGGACAAAGGCAUACCAGAAGAAUUUGGACGAUGGCAAAUUGACAACAGUGGCGUUACUGAAGCAAAGGAAAUUAAAGGUGCUGAUCAUAUGUCAAUGCUAAGUAUGCCUAAAGAACUUUGUGACGCUCUCUUGGAGAUUGCUCAUAAAUACAAUUGAUCCAUCUUCUACUCAUUUGAAUAAUUAGUUGUUAUAAUUAUAUGAUUGUGCUGUGUUUUAUGUAUUGAAGAAUAAUUAAACUGUGUCAAUUCUUAUAAUGACUAUUUCCUGUUACAACUUUUCUGUCUUA